AUGGAUCACAAAACCAAUGAAGAAAAGAAGCGGCAAGCUUUCAGGGCCGCUUGCAUAAGACUGAAAGCAUAUCUAGCUGAGAAGAGAUUGGCCAGAGAAGAACAGUUAUAUGAAGAGGUAUCGGCCAGCACGGCCGAUAUAAUUGAAGAAGGUUUCGAAAAGUUGGAUGCAAUUCAACUUGAAGAUUUGGAGUCAGCCCCUUCCAGGAUGGAAGAUAAUAAAGCAGAGGUGCAAGAUCCUUUAUUGGAAAUAAAUGUUGUUAGAUAUGUUGAAUGGCUGUCUAAUGUUGUUCCGGUAAUGAAGAAGAAUGGCAAACUUAGAGUUUGUGUGGAUUUUCGCAAUUUAAAUAAUGCCACUCCAAAAGAUGAAUAUCGAAUGCCUGUGGCCGAUCAACUUAUUGAUUCGGCCGCUAAGCAUGAAAUAUUGUCUUUUAUGGACGGCCAUUCAGGUUAUAAUCAAAUCUAUUUAGCCGAGGAAGAUGUUCAUAAAACGGCUUUUAGAUGUCCUGGGUCAAUUGGUACUUUUGAGUGGAUUGUGAUGCCAUUUGGCCUAAAAAAUGCUGGGGCUACUUAUCAAAGGGCAAUGAAUUCUAUCUUUCAUGAUAUGAUUGGCCGAUUCAUGGAAAUUUAUAUAGAUGAUGUAGUUGUGAAAUCAUCGGCCAAGAGACAGCAUUUGGAACACUUGAAAAGGGCCUUUGAAAGGAUGAGGGUCCACAAAUUGAAAAUGAACCCAUUGAAGUGUGCAUUUGGAGUUUCAGCCGGGAAUUUCUUGGGGUUCUUGGUACACAAACGAGGUAUUGAAGUUGAUCAGAACAAGGUCAAAGCUAUUAUAAAUGCUAGGGCCCCAGCCAACAAAAAACAAGUGCAAAGGUUCCUCGGCCAGGUAGGUUUUUUUAGAAGAUUUAUUUCUAACCAUGCUGGCCGAGUGUAUGUCUUUUUGACUUUAGUGAAAUUAAAGUCACAUGAGAAAUUUCAUUGGGACGAAUCCCAUCAGAAGGCCUUUGACAAAAUAAAAGAGUAUUUGGCAAACCCCCCGGUUGUAAUGCCUCCAAGAAAGAAGUGGCCAUUAAAGCUUUAUUUAUCGGCCGCAGAAGAAUCAAUUGGUAGUAUGCUCGCACAAGACAAUGAACAUGGAAAGGAGCAGGCUGUCUACUACCUGAGUAGAGUACUAACUGAUGUAGAAUGCAGAUAUUCCUCAAUUGAGAAGCUUUGUUUAUCUUUGUACUAUUCGGCCAUGAAGUUGAGAGUAUACAUGCGGCCUGUUGAUGUUUACAUUCUUUGUCAGACUAACGUGAUCAAGUAUAUGCUAUCAAGGCCAUUGAUCACUGGCCGAAUAGGAAGGGUUCUGGCUGAUUUUUUUGCCGAUCAUCCUUCAACUGAUAUUGAUCCAUGGGUUUAUGAUGAAUUGGAGUCAUCAGCUAUAUUCUUAACUCCUUGGAUCUUGAUGUUUGAUGGAUCAAGCACGGCUGAUGGAGCAGGAGCAGGUAUUGUUAUUAUUUCGCCAGCUGGCAGAAAGGCUUCAUUCUCUUUCUUUUUAGAUUUUAAAUGUUCGAAUAAUCAGGCCGAAUAUGAAGCGCUUAUAAUUGGCCUGGAGAUUUUAAUUGAAAUGGCUUUCUGGCCGAGAGGGCAGAAUAAGGAGGCCAACAGCAUGGCCCAAGCAGCCUCAGGAAUAAGAGUACCAACCGGAAUAGAAGAUCAGUUGAUAAAGAUAACACGAAGAUCUUUGCCAUCAGCCGAAUUGAGAAAUACUAUGUUGUUUGAUACUUGGACAAUUGAUGUAGAAGAUUUGGCCGACGAUGACUGGAGGUUACCAUUUAUAAUGUUUCUUCGAAAUCCAAACAUCAAGGCUGAUAGAAGUAUUAAAAGAAAAGUGAUCAACUUUAUGCUUCUAGAUGGGGAUCUAUACAGAAAAGGGUUAGAAGAUGGGCUCCUACUACAAUGCAUAAGCACGGAGGAAUCACUUCAGGUUAUGGCCGAGGUACAUGAGGGCAGCUGUGGGGCUCACCAAGCUGGGAUUAAAAUGAGAUGGCUGAUUCGCAGGUAUGGAUAUUAUUGGCCGAGAAUGAGGAAAGAUUGCAUAGAUUACUUAAAAGGUUGUCAAGCUUGUCAAAGACACGGGCCGAUUCAAAAUGUACCAGCAAAAGAAUUACAGCCAAUAAUCAAACUUUGGCCAUUCAGAGGUUGGGGCCUUGACCUUAUUGGUAAAAUUAAUCCACCAUCAAGCGAAGGCCAUCACUGGGUGAUUGUUGCCACAUAUUAUUUUACUAAAUGGGUUGAGGCCAAGGUUUGCAAAGCGAAAAAUCAGCCACCAGUGGUAAAUCAAUCACAGCAAGGUUGGUCGAUUUACAAUCAGCCACCUGCGGUAAAUCAGCCGGAAGUGAUACAUCUGCCAAAAUCUUUUAACCUGGGAGGCAAUCAGUCACUAGCUAAAAAUCAGCUGCCAGUGGCAUAUCAGCCAAAACCUUUGGUGGCCAACAUUAUUGAGCAAGAAUAUGGUAAUAACCUUAGGGGAAUAAGCCGACCAAUGUACAAAAAGCCAAAACCAGCCACAUCCGGCACUCGAACAUUUACUGUAUCGGCCAAAAAAGGAGCUAAUGAUAAAGUCAUGCGGGUCAACAAUGAUCUUUUCAUAGCAGGUAGUAAUGUGAUUGGCCAGGCUCCCAAGGAAAAGUUUGAUGAAGGGAAUCAGCCUAAGGUUGCUGAGAGCAAACCGUCAGCCACUCCAAGUGCUAAAGCGGUGGAAGAAUUAGAAGAAUAA